CCAGGCGCAGCCCCGCCGGGACGCGGCGGGCGGGGAGGAGCAGCGCUGCCGCCUUGGCCACCUGGGCCCGGUGCAUCGUCUGACGGCCGCCGCCAGCCUCGGCAUCCCCAAGACGGGCGCACGUGGGUCGGGGCGGGGACGCUGCGCCGGGCUGCGGCCGCGGCGGCCCGCGGGGGGCGGGAAUGGGGCGCCGUGGCGGGGGCUCGCCUGAUGACAUCACAGCCGGGCUGCGGCAGCGCGGGCGCGCGGACAUGGCUGCAGCGGCUGCGGCGGCCGCGGGCUGCGCUCGGGCCUGAGCGCCCAGCGCCCUCCUGUGGGGCCGCCCGCCGGCCCGCGCCGUCCGAGAGUGCACCAGCCAGGGGCCUCGAAGCUCCCCGUCGCUUGGGGCCUCCGCCUGUCCAGCCUCCCUUGGCCUAAUUUCAGGGAGCCUGGCGUCAGGGGGCGCCAAGGAGCCAGGGGGGAAACCGCAAGGCGCGGAGGGAGCCUCCAGGCGGUGCUGCCCCCUACCCUCCCGUCUCCCCGCUCCCCGCCCCGAUGUUGGGGCUUUGGAAGAUGCUGCCGGAUAUCAUUUUUUACAGUUUGGAUGUUGCUUAGAGCAUUAUUUUCAAACCAUGGGUUAUAACACAUUAGUGAGUUGGGAAAUCAAUUGAAUGUGCUCUGACCAGCACUUUAAAAAAUGAAAUAAAAUCCAGUAGUUAUAAUAGGAACUGAGAAAAGGCAUCAUAUGUAGUAAGGGAAAAACAUUAACUUUUGGGCUACAUCUGGAAUAGCAUCAUCUACAUGGACAUUCCCUCCUACAAUUUCAGAAAACCUCUGCUAACUCAUUGAUACAAUGCAGACGACCUUCCACACAGAUGAAGUUAGCAAUACCCACGCUCUUAGAAAAGGAAAGAGGAAAAGGACGGAGACAAUGGACUCAGAGAAUGCAAACAGUGACAUGGAUAAAGGACAGAGAGACCCAUACUCGGGAAAUGCCUUUCUGCCCGGUGAGAGCUCCAGUGAGGAUGACGAGCCUUUAGAAGAAUUAUCGAAGGAGAAAUUGUGCAUGAAAAUAAAAAGCCUGAAACAAAAACUGACAAACACCCGGAAAGAAAACAGCCGCCUUCGACAGUCUUUGGUGAUGCUUCAAGUGUUACCACAAGCAGUUACCCAGUUUGAAGAAUUGGUUGGUAUGGCAGAGGCCGUGCUUAAGGGUCGAGGAACCAUGUUUACAUCUGCAUCUACCCUCUGGAGAGCAACAAACAACUCCUCACCAGAUUCAUUUGCCUCCAUGUGCAGUAAUUCUAAUUCUAAUUCUAAUUCCAGUUCACCAAUUUCCUUGAAAGCUGAAGAAGAGCAUCACACUGAUGAGAAGCAGUUCAAGAUUGAAAAAUGGCAGAUUGCUCGUUGUAACAAGAGCAAACCUCAGAAAUUUAUUAAUGAUUUAAUGCAAGUACUUUACACAAAUGAAUACAUGGCCACACACAGCCUGACCGGUGCAAAAUCCUCUACUUCAAGGGAGAAAGCGGUAAAGCCAGCUAUGAAUCAGAAUGAAGUUCAAGAAAUCAUAGGAGUCACAAAACAGUUAUUUCCCAACACGGAUGAUGUCUCCAUCAGAAGAAUGAUAGGGCAAAAGCUGAACAACUGUACCAAGAAGCCAAAUUUAAGCAAAAAUAUGAACUCUCAGGAUAUUAAGUAGGUCCUUGUGGUACUAUACGUAUCUGAAAUAAAGCACCUCCAGUUUUAAAUGUAACGUUGGAUUUUGUUGGAGAAUCUGCAGCCUCCCUGGUGAGCACAGAGGGACAGGUGCAGGGACAGGCUGAGACAGCUCUACCAUCGAUGGACUCUCCGGAUGGAGCAACAAGCUUGCUGAAGAAGUUGCAUGUAGAUUCCACCCUAAAUACCCACGAUGCAUCAAACUAGAGAAUUUCUAGCAGUUAAAUAAGCAUGCAUUAUGGUUUCUUGCCUUUUUCUGUCCCAAAAUCUUCUCUGUACAGCUAACUUAACAGGAGAGUCAGAGCUCUUAUCACAACAAAAAAAGUCAACCCUUAAAAUUUGUCAUUGCCCUCAUCAAUUGCUGUACAUUUAUUAUCACCAGUCACUCUCCAUGUUGGUUUUGGGAUCUUUAGCAUGAGCACAUGUGUGGGAAAGCACAGGGAAAUAAUCACUGUUCACAAGUAGGAGAGCAGCAGAGUCAGCCUAAAAUCUGAUGAGCCUAUCUAACCGAGUCAUAGUUUGAGCAAUAAAAUUACAAGGUAAGUCUGUUACUUAAAAUAUAUAGAAUAGACAUUUUUUAAAAUGAGAGCAGCAAGAUCUUUUAUUUUAAUAUGAAACUGUUUCGUUGUACUCCUACAAAGGAAACAAACCCCCAAAUUUGUAAUUGUUAAACAAUGCAUCGACUUUCAGAAAAAUCUUUUAUGUUUGCUUACAUGCCUCUAACUUUUUAUUGCCCGGAACUAUAAAUGCAGAUAUGCAGUAUAAAACACCAAUGUGAUCUAAAACAGCCUAUGUAAGACAUAAUAUCCUAUGUAUUUGGUUAUAUUAGUACAUUGCUUAGUUUUAACUGGCUUGUUUUCAUAACAUCAGAAGAAAAAAUAAUUAAAAUCAUAUGGGGUUGAUAAUCACCCAAAAAGAAAAAUACCAUUUUGCAAAUGAUUGAAAGGUAAAACUUUCGUCCUCAAGAGGCUUCUCCUUUGAUGUCAGGUUGUCAGGUGACAGCUCUGCAUCGCUACGCCAUGCUUCUUCAAGUGCACAAGGUUAUGCAUAAACUCGUGAAAAACGAUGCAUCUAAUAGACAGCUCAGCACUGAAGACCCAGGGAACAUUCCAUAAACGUUGCUCAAUAACUAUGUAGUUGUACAAAAUGACUAUUCCUAAGGAAAUAACUUAUGUCAACAUUUGCUACUUUUACUUAAAAAUAAAUAAAUCCCAUUGAAAACAUAAA